AUGACUUAUGUUCAUGUAGGAAAGACGCCUGUUCCGCAACGUAUCCCACCAAGCUUUUCCAAUGAGGUCUUCUAUCCUGGAAGUGCCCCUGCUGGUGUUACUCCACAGUACUUCACAACAUUGAACGUUUAUCAACAAUGGCUGCAGAUUUUUGGUCCAGAUGUUCCUCUUCCUGAAGAUGAGCGAAACCUGCCAGGUUAUCCUCAAAACAACCUGUACACGGCAACUGGUGAAGAGGGUCCCCGGUAUCGUUAUUGUAGCAAGGAAAGAGUUUGGAAGCCUAGGACCAAUUUUCCCAUGAGCAAUUGCAGGUUUCUAUCUACAUGCUCUCGUUGUAAAGAUGUUGAUAUUAGAAGGGCAGCUAAACGACAGGGAAAAUCACUGGAGAACAGUAACGAGGACUCAUUCCAAGGAAUACAACCAAAUCAGAAUGUGACAGCGCGGUUUUCGAAACCAAGUAUGCCCAUAGCCAAUACAGACCAUCGAAAACAUACUGUUGCCAAUUUGCCUCUGAUGCCAAAGGCUAAACCAUACACUGCCGAGCCUCUACGAAAACAUCCUAUACCCGCACCAGUAAUCGCUACACCAGCUCUAGGUCCGUCUGAGGAGACCAUAGCAAGGCUCAACGAACUCGAAGAAAUGCAGUUCGACGCAAAGAGGAUUCAAUCCCGUCUUCUUGGUCACGAGAAUGUCAAGAAACAAUGCGAAGCGAAGCUAGAGGACUUGAUGAUGGCGAUAAAUUGUGUCAGUGAGGGCAACAGAGGCAAGAGCAUGACCGAGACAGCGAGACUCCAAGACCGCAUAUCCACAUUGGAGAAUAUACUUAAUGAAAUCCGAAGUGAGUUGGAGGAUGUCAAUCUAGCGAUAGGUCUUAUGGCCGAAAUGAACAAAGACAAUACUGGCUACCAAAACAACAAUGAACCUACGGUUCUUCCUAGUAUCGAGGAGGAAAAUGUCGGAUCGUUCAAUAGCCCAAACAACUUUGAUAAUACAAGCGAAGCAGGCGUUGAAUUUGCUGGUGAAACCAACGAUUUAUUGCGCUUUUCACCAAUGCCGCAUAGCUAUCCUCCGCUUGAUGACGAUGGUCAUGUACUCAGCAACAAUGAUCCAUUUGAGCAAAGUCCUAAAUUCGCUAGCGGAUUGGACAGCAUGGUCGAAAAAGAUCAUGGAGACGGAACGAGCAAGGUCAAUAUGAACUCGCCACUCCACACUCUCAAUAUGGUAGGCGCCGGUGCUCUCCAUGCUGAUCCCUCCAUAAUGCUUCAAGAUCAAGACACCGUUGAUAAAAACUUUCAACAGCUUCAUAACUUCCGAACAAAGAAUCCUCAAGCUCAAAAGGAAGUCGACCAUAAUCGAUUCCGAGCGCUGUCAGUCUCUCGAGAGGUCCCAGAUCAACAUGCUCAAUCUUACCAAGCUCAGUCUCGUCAACCUUCUGCUUCCCAACGAUUCCAAUUCCAUACUCGCACACCCUCGAAAUCCAGAUAUCUCGAUCCACAUUUGCCACACCAAGCUUCAGCUCACAUUUCGAGUCAUUUACAGCCCCAGAAAGCCACGAAUGAUGCCGCACAAUGCUCCCCGUUACCCCCACACACACCUGGCUUAAACCUAAAUCUCUUCGGAAAUCAUAAUCCUACCGCUGUCUUUCAGUUUGGAAAGUCUACUACGCUGAGAGAUUCCAGGCGUUAUGGUGUCGAGAUAGAGGAAGAUGUUGGGGGAGUUCAGACUUUAGCCUCACAGCAAAAACAAGAGCCUGCCCAGGAAGCGCAACCACAGCAAGAACAACAAUUUCAACCAGUCGAAAUGGCGGAGUUAGUUCAGUUGGCGCAAAAGGCAACAGAUAAUUAUGAUAAAAUAGCUCGACGGGCGAGGAUGGAUCAAGAGUCACAAAAAGUCCACGAUGAACUGGCCCAAGAACAACUAUCUCAACCGACUAGAGUGGUCCAACAGCCGAAACAAGCUUGCGACCAACUGGCUCAAAGUCAAAUGGUCGAAGAACAACUAGCUCAAAAUGCAAAAGAUAUUUACAAGCAACAUGAUCACGAGCAACGAGCGCAAGAGCAGCGAGCUAAAGAAGAACUAGCACAACCGAUUGAACUGUUCCAACUAGCAAAGCAAGCUUGUGGCCGACUCGCUCAGGAUCAAUUGUCCCAAAAACGACGUUCUGAACGGGCAAGAGACUCUUACGACCAACUAGCUUACGAGAAACGAACUCGACAAAACGAAGCGACCUGCGACAGGACUUUAGCUCAUGACCAAAUGGAUCAAGACGAACUGUAUCAAGACGAACUGUAUCAAGGCGAAAUGGAUGAGUAUGAAAUGGGUCAAUACGACAUGGAUCAAGAUCAACUAGCACAAAAGGCAAUGCACGCAAGAGACGUUUACGACAAAAUAGCUCACGAGAAACGAACUCGACAAAACGAAUCGACCGCCGAGGCGAAUGUAGCAUGCGAGCAACUAGAUCAAGACCAAAUGGAUCCGGACGAGAUGGUUCAAGACGAAAUGUAUCAAGACCAACUAGCUGAAGACCAACUAGCCCAAAAGGCAAGAGACGCAAGAGAUGUCUACGAUCAACUGGUAAACGAGAUACGAGACCGGAAGAACGAACUGGCGGAACACGUUCAUCAUGCGCACUAUCAACUCUCCCGACUAUCUCAACAAACCCAGCUGGCUCAGCAGGAACAACAAGAACUCAGAGCUCAGAAAGCAGAAUACCAAGCAAGAAGACAAAGACAACCCCUCGAAUCCCUCCCGAACUUCCAUUCCCUUCCCAUCCGGGAAGCCCAACCGAAUCAAUCCGUUGAAACCGCCAAACGACGCGCAGAUGAAUCUCCGAAAUCCCCGGAAUCGCCACUUCAACACGAGCCCGAACACCCCGUCCGAAGAUUCAAGCGAGCCAGACAUGGAGAAGAGACAGAAACUGAGAUGCAGGAACGUGGAGAUAGGCACGCAAAGCCAGUAGAGCGACGAGCGGAGAUAUGGGAGAUGCAGCAGAUUGAGAAGGCUACAGAGCUUUCGGUUGAGGAUGAGCGGAGAUGUGAGAAGGGGUGA